AUGACGAUGUGGGGCUUCUUCGCCUAUUCGGCGAUCCCCACCGGGGCCUUGCUGCUGCUGCUCCUCCUCAGCGAGUUGACCAUUUUGAUGGAGGUCGCUUCGAAGGUGAUGAGCGCGCCGAUCACCAUCGGCAAGCUGCGACUCAAUGCCGCGGUGUUCAUGAUGGCCUUGUGCAGCUGCCUGACUCUGCUCUCCUAUUCAGGCUUCCGCCGUGAGCAGAUGAGAUCUGACAAGCUGGAGGCCUCGGGCCAGGGCGGCUUCAUGCAAAGCUGGGAGAAGCCCAAGCUGUUCUACGUGGAGCGGAACUUCUGGAUCUCGCUGUUGGGUCUGAUGGUUUGGACCACCGCCUGGCGCUUGGAGGCCAUUUUCCGGUCGCGGCCCAAGAGGCCGCCGAUGGCGCUGAACUUGCGCGCCUCCCGGCUGCUGUGGAUCGCGGUUGGCUGUGCGGCGCUCCUGGUUGCAGAUGUGCCGCUGUGCCGCUUGAACUACCAGAUGCAGCUGUCCUACUAUGUCACCCCCAUCAAGGAUGAACUGGCCCCACAGGCAGCAGCCUGCAGCGGAGUUUUUGAGAGCAACGCCCGGGACCAGUGCGUCGGCUUUUGCCAGCAAGUGCGGAAGGCCUCGGAGGAGCGCCAGGACUGCGUGAUGUUUGCUCGCAAGUGGCACAUCCUCGGCAAGUGGGCAGCAGAGAUCUUCGACUUCGGCCGGGGCGUGGAGCAAGGCCCGGCGCAUGUGAACGAGCUGUUUAGCAGGAAGAGCUGCGAGGGCGUGCUGCAAAGUGUGGACAAGAGCAACCCUACUGUGAACACUUUCUGCGCUCUUGCUGCCGGGGUUGCUAUGUUGGCAGCGUUCGCGGCUUUCGCGCAAGUCAUGGGCGACCUGGCGGAGACGAACCUGCGCAAAGAUUGA